CGCCGUUGCAGAGCAAGGUACAAGGUAGGUGCGGGUCGACGGCCAUCCUGGGCGUGCCAAUCCCCCACACCCACCCAGACCCAGGCUUGCCAGGCCCGACUGACUGAUGAACGGAUUGUAACUCUGGUCCCCUUCAGAGCCCACACGCAUCACCCCUUCUCGACUCUUUUCUUCCAAUCAGUCGACCAGCCGACAAUCCUUGGAUACCCACACUCUCUCUUUUGGUCUGCCCCCUCCGUGUCGCCGAGACCACCAAACACUCGCUCACUCGCUCCUCAUCACUCACAUACCCGUCCUUUUCCGCCCCUGCGCUACCUACCACAUGCGGGCACACAAUUUGUCACCACCAAACGGCAUCGCCUGCGCCUGGAGUUCAUGCUGACGACACCAUCUGGUCUUUUCAAAUACAGCCAGCCUCUCGUCCCCGAUUCCUUCGAGAAUUGUUGAUCAUACAAAUCAGGUCAACAACGCCAAAAAAAAAGGCCAAUUCACUGAUCAGGACUACGCAAGGCGGCGGCAUUCUUCUCUUUCUUUCUAGACUUUUACUCAAGUAGGCCACCACCUUGUGUAUCUCGUGAACAAUCGAGACGCAGCUGCCAGGAGACUCCUCAUUUCGCUCUGGUUUAGCCCACGCGGCCGCGAGGACCAACCGACUUGCUGUCCUGUUCUUGACGUCAACGGCCGACAAGAUGGCCACCAACGGAAACAACGUCAACCUGUCCGACAAUGACACGGAGAAGGCCACAGCAGUGCAGCAGAACUAUGUCGGCACUCUGCGGGAUCUGCCCCCGGACCCCGACGCUCACCUGUCCGAGGCGGAGCGGGCCAGCAUCGACAGGAAGCUGGUCUGGAAGCUGGACCUGGUCAUGAUCCCGUGGCUGAGUCUGCUGUACCUGCUGGCGUUCCUGGACCGCACAAACAUUGGAAACGCCAAGAUCGCCGGCCUGGGCGAGGACCUGAAGAUGAACACCCAGCAGUACAACGAUACCCUGACCAUCUUCUUCAUCUCCUACGCGUUGUUCGAGCCUCUCACCAACAUUCUCCUGAAGCGCCUGCGCCCGUCCAUAUUUAUCCCCAUCAUCAUGGUUCUGUGGGGUGCUUGCAUGGUUGGCAUGGGAUUUGUCAAAAACUGGUCUGGGCUCAUGGCUGCCCGGUGGUUUCUGGGUCUCACCGAGGCCGGUCUGUUUCCCGGAAUCAACUACUACUUGUCCUGCUGGUACAAGAGAUCUGAGUUCGGCGUGCGAGCGGCUAUCUUCUUCUCGGCUGCUGCUCUUUCAGGAUCCUUUGGUGGCCUCCUCGCUGCCGCCAUUGAACAGAUGGGAGGUGUGGGAGGCAGGCCCGGUUGGGCAUGGAUCUUUAUCCUCGAAGGCCUGGCAACGGUCAUCAUCGGCGCCAUCUCCUUCUGGCUGGUCCACGACUUCCCCGACGAGGCCAAGUUCCUCUCUGACGUCGACAGGGUCCGGGUCAUCCGCCGCCUGAAGCUCGACCAGCAAUCCUCAGCGGAGCACGAGGACUUCUCCAUGACGUACUUCUGGCAAGCGUUGAAGGAUUGGAAGAUGUGGCUCGGAAUGGCGAUAUACAUGGGCUGCGACAUGCCCCUCUACGGAUUCAGCCUGUUCUUGCCCACCAUUAUCAAGAAUGCAGGCGUGGCUGCUCCAACCGACGUCGUCCGGCAACAGUUGUACAGCGUUGCGCCCUACGCCUCCGCCGCCGUCCUGACCGUCGUCGUCGGAUUUGUAGCCGACCGCACACAAGCCCGUGGGCUCUGCAACAUCUGCGUGUCGUCCGUGGGCAUCGUCGGGUUCGCCAUGCUCAUCGCGACCAACGACCCGUGGGUCCAGUACGCGGGCACCUUCCUCGGCGCGGCGGGCAUCUACCCCUGCAUCGCCAACACCAUCACGUGGAUGGCCAACAACACCGAGGGCGUCUACAAGCGCGGCGUGGUGCUCGGCUUCGUCAUAGGCUGGGGCAACCUCAACGGCGUGGUGUCGUCCAACAUCUACUUCCGCGGCCCCCGGUUCUUGGAGGGCCACGGCGUCGUCCUCGCGUACAUGAUCCUCUUCUUGCUCGGGGGCUCUGUCCUCAUGACGCUAGGCCUGCGGGCGGAGAACAAGAAGCGCCGCAGCGGGGGCCGCGACGACUGGGCUGCUGGCAAGACGGAGGUUGAGAUCGAGAAGAUGGGCGAUCGCCGGCCUGACUUUUUUUACACGACUUAGUGGUCCUUCGUGCACCGCCUCGCCGCUCCACAUACAGAUGUGACGGCGCACGGGGAGGGGAAUGGUCGGUCGAGCAGGAGAUUUUGGAUUGGGUUGUGACUUUUUGCGAUGCGUGGGUUGUGCUGGGAAAUGACUUCUUUCCGCCAUAGUCGAGCGGACGCUGCCGCUGUAGAUGCUCCUUGCUCCGGAGCGGUGCAGGGGGGCGUCCAUCCCGACGACUAGGUGUUGGUGGCGUCCUCUGAUUCGAGGGGGGCUCAAGGUCUCCUUUACUGCGAUGUGCUUUACAGACCGUUGCGUGUCACCACCAACCAUCCUACCACAUGGGAGCGGAGCUAUCACCCACCGAUGGAAAGUGGCUAGGGGCUCGACCUUUUUGCUUUGCAGGCAUAUGAUUCCCCAACCUCGUGCAAGUGCGAGUGCGAUUUGGAUUGGACUUUCCAGGGUUUUCUUUUUUUUUGCUAGGGGGUGUAUCUUGGGAGGCGCCCACGGGCGGGAUUGUACAUAGGUGCUGCUGCAGUGUGUCCAUCUCCACCAAUUGAAGAUAUGUGAA